AUGUCUAUAGGUUCAAGUCAUGGAGGUUUAGCUUCUUUUCAUAUGGCACUAUCUCAUCCAACAAUAUUUGGUAUUGCUAUUUGCAUGUCACCUUCAUUUUGGGCUGGAUUAGAUUGGUUGAUUGGAUCAACUUUGACGAAUCUAUUUUGUUCAUUAGAAACAUCAGAUUUAAUUCAGAAAUAUGAUCAUAUUUUACGAUCAAACAAGGCUCCCCUAUUGUAUAUUGAUUGGGGUUUGUCGAGAGAUUUGCAUGUUCAUAAUUUUAUUGUUGAACGUUUGGCUGCCAAACGAUUGAAUUAG